GCGCGCUUGGAAUUGGAUACACACGACAGCAGGAUACGACUCCGCCUUUCCAUUUCAUUCCAUCCAAUCAAAUCGAGUGGCGCACAUAUUCGCAACCACCGCGCGCAGCCUCCACCUCCAUUUCUACUCUGCUUCGUCGUCCCAACAACCCAGCCGUCAUCAGGGCCUCUCUUCCCCUCCUCUGCCUCGACCGCCCAUAGCCUGCUGCCUGGUAGCCAUGGACCGAUCCAAGUCGUACGCGGGCGGGCGCAUGCAGAUCGAGCCGUACUACGACGGAGGCGGCGCGCGGCCGGACUUCCGGUCCUACUCCUACAGCGCCGGCGGCAGCGGGAUGGGGACGUCGUCCUACGCGUACCAGUACGAGUACGGCGGGGCGGGGGCGGGGGCGGGGGAAGAGAUGAAGCGGAGCAAGUCGAAGCGGCGGUGGCUGGCGCUGGCGGACCCGGACAUGGAGCGCAAGCGCCGGGUGGCGGCGUACAAGGCGUACGGCGUGGAGGGCAAGAUGAAGGGCUCCUUCCGCAAGAGCUUCAAGUGGAUCAAGGACCGCUACCUAAACCUCGUCUACGGGUGGUCCUGAUCCUCAAAGUAUAUAUACUCCAUGGUUUUGGCUCUGCAUGUUUGCUUGAUAUAUCAUAUCAUCAUCCUGGAUUCAUGGUGAGUACAUGCAUACAGUAUAUAUAUCAGAGAGAGUGUGUGUGUUUCCAUUUUUCUUCUUGGUUGGCUUUGCUAGAUGUUGUUGUUGGUGAUCUGAUAGCACCAAUCAGUCAUGUGUAUUGAUGAGAUGUAACCCAAGGGGUUGUUUCAGACCAAAAUGGUAAAG